AUGGGCGCGGAACAUCGGACCGUGAAAAUUGUAGUGAUAGUGGUUGUGGUCCUGCUUGUUAUCGGUGGGAUCUUGGGGCUGACGCUGGGACUGCUACUCAAUCAGCGAUAUGUGGAGUUGGAGGUAUGGCCUCGAACAGACGAUUACAAAUGGGAGGAGCCGCUCAUACAGUUCAGCCCCUCGAACAAAGGCACCGUGUACCCCUGGAUCAAACGCAUCAACGACUUCCUCAGACCGUACGAGACGACCAUUCCCGAAGAUCCUCCUCGGGCUCCAUGCUCCAUCCACAACCGGGAGGAGCAGCAGAUCCGAUCCAACAACUGCGAGAUGGCUAUGAGGGUGUGGGCUCCAUGCACAAUUGACGAAUACUAUGGAUACACAAUGGGCACACCUUGCGUGUUCUUGCGUCUCAAUUACUUGCAUUACUGGGUGCCACAACCAUACAACGUAUCCAGCUCGCUGGCGAUCCCGACGGAGAUGCCGGAGUAUUUGAAGCAAUUCAUGAUCCAGCGGCCGGCCCAAAUGUUCGGUGACUACGUGUGGGUCUCGUGCGGUGGAGAACUGAACUCGGACAAGGAGAACAUUGGGCCCAUCCAGUUCAUCCCCGCCGGCCUGCCGCCCGGGUUCCCGCUCUCCCGGCUGCACACCGCCGACAAGAUCCCCUACGCCAACAGGAACCUGCCGGACCAAACCCCGCCCCCUCUAAUUGCAAUCUUCUUCGAGAACCCGAGGCGCGAGGUGUUGAUCAACGUGGAGUGUCGCAUCUGGACACGUGACAUAUACUACGAUCCCUAUAGCCGGGUGGGCCGCGCUAGGUUCGAGCUCUUCAUCAACAAUUAG